GAUGAGGAGGCGGUGCAGGAGGCCCGGCGGAGGGCGGCCCCAUCCGUGCGGGAGUUCAAGUACAACAAAAAGCGGGUUCGCCUCGUCUCGCAGGGCUCGGACCUGAAGGACGAUGCUCGGUGCGUCCUUUACUGGAUGUCCCGGGACCAGCGGGUGCAAGAUAACUGGGCUUUCCUCUACGCCCAGCGCCUGGCCCUCAAGCAGGAGCUGCCUCUGCACGUCUGCUUCUGCCUGGUGCCCAAAUUCCUGGAUGCCACCAUCCGCCAUUAUGGCUUCAUGCUGAGGGGCCUGCAGGAGGUGGCCAAGGAGUGUGCAGAGCUGAACAUCCCCUUCCACUUGCUGCUGGGCUAUGCCAAGGACGUGCUGCCCGCGUUCGUGGUGGAGCAUGGCGUGGGCGGGCUGGUGACAGACUUCUGCCCCCUCCGCCUUCCCCGGCAGUGGGUGGAGGACGUCAGGGAGCGGUUGCCAGAGGAUGUGCCAUUUGCACAGGUUGAUGCCCACAACAUCGUGCCCUGCUGGGUCGCCUCCCCCAAGCAGGAGUACAGCGCCAGGACCAUCCGGGGCAAGAUCCACGCUCAGCUCCCCGAGUUCCUCACCGAGUUCCCCCCCGUCAUUCAUCACCCAUAUCCCCCCUCCUGCCCGGCAGAGCCCAUUGCUUGGGAGGCCUGUUACUCCAGCUUGCAGGUGGACCACACUGUGAAGGAGGUGGAGUGGGCGACCCCCGGCACGGCUGCAGGGCUGGCUGUGCUGCAGUCCUUCAUUGCGGAGCGGCUGAAAUCCUUCAGCUCCCACCGGAAUGAUCCCAACAAGGCAGCACUCAGCAACCUGUCCCCAUGGUUCCACUUCGGCCAGGUUUCCACCCAACGAGCCAUCCUCGAGGUGCAGAAGCACCGGAGCAAGUACAAGGAGUCGGUGGACGCAUUCGUGGAGGAGGCCGUGGUGCGGCGGGAGCUGGCUGAAAACUUUUGCUACUACAAUGAGAACUAUGACAGCGUGCAAGGUGCCUAUGACUGGGCGCAAACCACCCUGAAGCUCCACGCCAAAGACAAGAGGCCUUUUCUCUACAAGCUGCAGGAGCUGGAGCAGGGGACCACACAUGACCCACUCUGGAAUGCUGCCCAG